AUGAAGAUCAAAACCAUUUCCAGAUCUGCCGACGCAUAUGUUCCUGUUUCCAACACGAGAGAGUCGGCUCUUCCUAGAAACCUCAAUCCCGAGCUGCAUCCUUUUGAAAGGGCCCGUGAGUAUACCAGGGCUUUAAAUGCAACCAAGCUUGAGAGGGUGUUUGCCCAGCCUUUUAUUGGCACAUUGGGGGAUGGUCACAGAGAUGGAGUGUAUGCGUUAGCGAAAAACUUCUCGUCUGUUAAUAAGGUUGCUACAGCAUCAGGAGACGGAGUGAUUAAAUACUGGGAUGUCACUUCCAGAGAGCAGACGUAUUCUUACAAAGCCCAUUAUGGUAUGUGUUCCGGUCUGGUUGUCACUCCUGAUCAGAAGAGUAUGCUUUCGUGUGGUGUUGAUAAGACCAUCAAGUUGUGGGAAAUUUCAAACGAUUCCGAUUACAAUCAAAACUAUAACUAUGAUGCAUUGACAAAUUCAAAUGCUACAAGUACUACGGGUUUAAAGAAGACAUUUCUGGCGGACUUUUCGCUCAUGGGUUUGGACCAUCAUUUCAGCGACCCCUUGUUUGUCACCGCUGGUGCCAAUGUGAACCUAUGGGACAUGAACAGGAACAAACCGAUUUCAAAUCUUUCAUGGGGGGCUGAUAAUAUUACGGCUGUUAAAUUCAACAAAACAGAAACAUCAAUAUUUGCUAGUACGGGUUCUGAUAAUUCUCUCAUUUUGUAUGAUACUAGAACCAAUUCUCCUACCCAAAAGAUCAAAACAUCAAUGAGGAACAAUGCAAUUGCAUGGAAUCCAAUGGAAGCAUACAUUUUUGCAACUGCUAAUGAAGAUCAAAAUUCCUAUCUCUGGGAUAUGCGGUAUAUGGAAAAAUCGAUCAAUGUCUUUAAAGGUCACGUUAACGCUGUCAUGGAUGUUGAUUUCUCACCAACUGGUAAAGAAAUUGUAACGGGUUCUUACGAUAAAACAUUAAGAAUAUUUGCUACUGAUAAAGGCCACUCAAGGGAUGUCUACCAUACAAAGAGGAUGCAAAGGUUAUUUAUUACAAAGUUUUCCACAGAUUCUAAGUAUAUAUUCUCAGGCUCUGAUGACGGUAAUGUCAGAAUCUGGAGAACAAAGGCAAAUGAAAGAUCUGGUCCAAAGUCUGCCCGUAAACGGUCCAAGGAAGAAUAUGAUGAAAAACUUAAACAGAGAUAUGCAGACAUGCCUGAAAUCAGAAGAAUUGCAAGACACAGACAUCUACCUCAAGGUAUCAAGAAAGAUUCAGAGAUUAAGGCAGAAGAAAUCAAGAGCAUCAAACGCCGUGAAGAAAAUCGUCGUAAUCACAGUCGACCUGGCGCCGUUCCCUACGUCUCUGAACGUGCUAAACCCGUUGUUGGCCGUGUCCACAAACAAUAA